AUGUCCAGACAAAUCCAGAACCAGGGGCUUAUGCAGCUGCUGGCUGGUGUGAAUUCUCAUCAGAACCCAGAGUCUUCUAUUAUGUGGGAACUUGGAAACCUGCCAAGUGGAAACAGUGAGAAUGCACAGCCUUUUGGUGGCCGGGAAGGAGGGCUGGUGGAAGCCAGAGCUGUAAAUGAUGAAGACCCUGAGCUAGUUCUGACAGAAGCAAGAGCAGUGGAACCAAAAUCUAGGAAUCACGAACUGGUUCCUUAUAGGCCACUGGGAGUAGGACUGCUUUUGGUGGCUGCUCUCUGUACAGUUGUGGGCCUUUUUGUGGGCGUCAAGAACAAUGGGCUCCCGUCAUCAGAAGAGGCCACUGCCAUGCCAACUGUGCCACCAACAGCACCACCAACUGUAUUCACUACAAGAGGUUUUAUUCUCCAGACUGUGCUUCCCGACACUACUGUCAGGGCUGCAAUUGCAGACCAUAGCAAUGAUAUUGCCUUUGCUCAACCAGAUGAUCAAGUUACCUACCUCGAAGACUAUGAUCAGAUGGUCAAUAAGAAUCCCUGUGAGCUGCCACCCAAUGUGACCGUGCCCACAACUGCCACCUUGACUCAUGAGUCUUCCUUUAAACAUCUAUGGAUGUACACAAACCAAUUGGAUGGGACUUUUCCAAUGGAAAUAUCAUUUUUGCAGUCCUUGCGAAGCAUCUCUGCCUACGUGAACCCCAAACUGAGGGGCAGCAUCCCAACUGAAAUAGGUGUUCUCACGAACUUGGAAUUCAUUGCUCUGCCUUAUUGUUCCCACACGGGGACUCUACCCACGGAGCUGGGUCUGCUGACAAAGAUUCAUUUCCUAGUUGUUUCCGCCAAUGCAUUUACUUGCAGCAUUCCUUCUGAGCUGGGAUUGCUCAAUGCCUCAUUGAGGACUCUAAUGCUGGAUCAGAACAUGUUUACAGGAACAAGUCCAGAAGAGCUCUACAAUAUCACCUACCUCAGGACUCUCUACUUGUUUACUAAUUCAUUGGAAGGGACACUUUCUACUAAGAUUGGUCAGCUUACUAACAUGUGGGACUUCCAACUUGCGCAUCCGCCAAAUCAUUUCUCAGGCAUGAUUCCAUCCGAAAUUGGAAAGUUGCAUAUUCUGAAACGAUUCAUGGUCUUUAAUGUUGGUAUCACUGGAACGAUUUGCACAGAAGUUGGCCUGCUUACAAACCGCCUUAGAGUUCUGGAGCUAAAACGCAAUGCUUUAACUGGCCCAAUCCCUUCAGAGAUUGGGCUUCUUUCGACCGCAACUCAGGUAUUUCUUGGCGACAACAUGCUCACCGGAACAAUCCCGACAGAGAUAAAUGGAGACAAUUUGCCAGAGUUGUUUGGAUGGGAUGUGAGAGGGAACGAGGGCCUGGUGAUCAACUCGGACAGUGGCAAUGUCACAGAUUUUGAUGUGUUUCCAGAAGAGUUUGGGGGGUGCUGGGUCAACAUGACUUACAUUGACCUGUAUUGCCCCGUGAUCACUCCAAACACAUCCAACCACUGCCGUGAUUGCGAUUGCAGCUGUGCACCCAGAGAUGAAGCAGCUGUUCCAUAG